GUACACUGUACAUUCGCAGGCGCAGUCAGUUGCUGAGGGAACAUGCCAAAAAUGAGAAAGAUGGCACAUCCAGAAAAGAAUAUCUUCGUUUGCGAGCCCAGCUUCUUAAUGCACGCUAUGGAAGUCCAGCAUUUUCUGAUCAAGGGAGCAUCAAGAGCAGAUCGUUUAGUUUAAGAAGUAUUGGAAGAAACACUGAAAGCCUGGAGUCGAUGUUGGUUGGAGCCAACGACAGCAGGAAAUUCUACCACCACCGACGGCACAUGAGCGCCAGCUCCCUCAAGUAUCUUUACGAGGGUCCCAUGAAGUACGUCUAUGACAGCAUCGAGGUGGUGCCCACAAGUGUGGCAGAGGCUAGCAGAGCCAUGGCUGGAGGGAAAAGCUUAUCAGAGAACUAUGCAUUCACAGGCAUGCAUCACAUCUUUGAUCAGCACUCUGCCGAAGUGACACGUGUGAAGUUUGCAAAUGACGACAAGUCUAGAGUGGCCUGCUCUUCCCUGGAUGGCACUCUGUCCAUUUGUCAGGUGAUCCCUCCUCCCGCCACUGUCAUCUGUAUGUUGAGAGGUCACAGUGCGGGGGUCACAGAUUUUGUAUGGUCUCUCUCCAACGAUGUCAUACUCUCUGUGUCACUGGAUGGUACCGCUCGUCUAUGGGAUGUUGCUGCAGGAACCUGCAUGAGGGUGAUCAUAGACAGCUUGGGUUCGGAGCUGCUGUGUUGUGUCUUUCAGCCACUCAACAAUAACAUGUUUGUUACUGGCAGCAGUCGCAGUCAGGUGCAGGUGAUGAACAUGUCUACGGGCAAGGGCUACAAGGGAGGCAGCAGUAAAGUGACUGGACGAGUCAAUGCCCUGACCUUUGACAGCAGUGGACGCAUCUUGUGGGCUGGAGAUGAGAGAGGUUCAGUCUAUUCCUUUACAGUUGAUGUAGCUACAGGCAAACUCACCAAAACCAGAAGGAUGACAGUGUCAGAAGGUCACCCCAUCACUAGCCUGUCAGCUCGAGCCUGGAUCAGCAGAGAGGCCAGGGAUCCAUGCCUGCUGGUCAAUUGUUGCAUUAACUCUCUGUGUUUGUUCAGAAUUGUGUCAGAAGAUGGAGCUCUUCAGUUGAAGAAAUCAUUUCCUAUCAAACAACGGACAUCAUUAAUUAAAAGCACAUUCUGUCCAUUAAUGUCAUUCCGACAAGGAGCGUGUGUCAUUUCAGGCAGUGAGGAUAUGUGUGUCUAUUUCUUUGAUGUUACCAAAGAAACCAAGUCGUGUGUCAACAAGUUGUUGGGACACUCAGCUCCUGUCAUCGACGUCUGCUUCAACUGUGAUGAAAGUUUACUGGCAUCCUGUGACGCCAAUGGAAUGGUGAUUAUCUGGAAGAGAGAAGGAAAGCAAGGAACCUUGUAG